AUGCUACGUGAAGAUAUCUUAGACAUCCUGUUAGAUGAGGGCAGUCCGGAAAUUGCAGAUAUUCUUGAACGCUGCAGGGGAUAUACUGAGUGUCAACUCGCUCGCAUGGGUAGACAUAAAAUUUUAAAAUGGUUGUAUGGAAACGCACGUACUCAUUUUGACCAUCACAUGCAACGGAUAUUAAACUCUCAAAUUGAUAACAAGCAAGUACCAAUACUACCUCAGAUUUGCGAUUUACGCCGUACCAAUAACGAUCUAGCAGAAAUGCAGUCGAAGAGUGCAGUUGGCAAUUUUAUGUCCGAGAAUACCGAGAUGGAUCGAAUCACAAAUUAUUUUGCUGUUCGCAAGCGUCGAACUAGCGAUGAAAGUAAAU